CGAUAAGUGGAAAAGAAACAUGGAGCUGCCUGAACUUUCAGACGACGUGAUAUAUUGUAUUAUCCUUGUUGUAUCGCUACCAAUUGCUCAUGUCGUCAAGCUGUGCAACAGUUCGCUCACGAAGAAGGCGAUAUGUACCGUCAUGGGGGUGUUAAUCAUCUGUUUAACUUGUGGAUGGCACAUCUGUCACUCAAUCGUGACCACCUUAAUCAGCUGUAUCCUGAUAAAAAUUAGUGGACCGGGGAAAUGCCACACUUAUUUAUUCUUUUGGGGAUUUGGGUACCUGCUGUUUUUCCGUACCUGUCACUACUUAGGAUUACCCCAGGCACCAGCACUGUCUAAUGCUGUACAGCUGCUUCUCACAUUAAGGAUGGUGGGCAUUGGUUUUGAAAUCCAUGACACACACACCUCCACCAAGAGAGAAGAUUGUUCAUCAGAGGAGAUGACACUGAAGAAAAAAUACCAGGAGGUCACUCCUUCCUCAGUGGACAUCUUCCUGUAUGCGUUUUGUUUCCUCGGGCAAUUUACAGGUCCGUAUUACAAGUUUAGAACGUACAUAGACAUGAUAAACAACGACCAGUCAGCAGACAUUCCUACACUGGAACCUUUUGUAAAAAGAAUGAAAAUUGUUCCAAUCCUUAUCGUCAUAUUUGUUGGAUUCUCAUACUUUUUCAGCAUUCAUUAUGUAGAAACGGAUGAGUUUUUUACGCAUUCCUUUCCGUUUCGACUGUUCUACAUGGUGCCGAUGUUUACAAUAUUCCGUUGCCGGAUGUACAUUGCAUGGCUGGUAUCCGAGUGUAUGUCAAUGGCGUCCACACUUGGGGCGUAUCCAGUGCAAUGCAAGGCUAAAUGUGGAAAAGGCCCCACAGAUUUAUCAGCAUUAGCAGAAGCAAAAUCCAAAGAUGUAAAAGACAUACAGUAUGAUUUUGAAACAAUACACAACCUGGAUAUUUAUGGCUGUGACAUGGCACCGAGAGUACGGGACGGACUGAGGAGCUGGAACAUGACUGUGCAGUACUGGCUAGCCUCGUGUGUGCAUCAGAGGGUUCCAAAACAAUUAGCACCAUUCAAAGUUGCUAUAACAAUGGCUGUCAGUGCCUUCUGGCACGGUGUCCACCCCGGAUAUUACCUUAGUUUUGGACUGGUGCCAAUCUUUGUUGCUGCAGAAGACAGAAUGGUGCGUGCUUAUAGGAAGGAAGGGGACGCCGGCAAGAUGUUUGACUGUAUAAACUGGUUCUUAAAGAUGCGUGCAUUUGACUACAUGUGUAUGGGCUUCCUCUUGCUAAGAAUGGACUACACACUAGCAUACUGGCACUCUGUCUUUUUUAUUGGACAUAUUAUAGGUUUCAUAUUUAUAGUAAUUGGUCGUCUUCGACCGCUACCAAAGAGUGAAAAAAAGAGAGAGUGAAAAUACUACAAAAUCCUAUGUUUGACAGAGUUACUUAACUAAAUGUACAAUAUAAGUGAGAAAUGUUACACAUUAACAGGAAAAACACAACAUCAUAUUUUAGCAUUUUCCACACUUACUUGGAAGCGCCUAAUUGUGAUAACCGCUAUUUAUAAAACCACAGUGUAUUUCUCACCACUAAAAGUAAAACCAAAGUGUAUUCCUUCAUGUUACGGAGAGUUGUAUACUUAAUCAGGAUGUACAGCGCUUGAAAAUUGUUGUUGCUCUGUGGAAAUAUGUGUGUUUCUGUAGUUUGGCCGAAAGAGAUCAAAGUGAAAUAUUUUAUAUUGUGUACAUGUAUAUUAUUGUGAAAUAUAAAGUAAUUUUAAAUUGUUACUACCUUUGUUAAGGUACAAAAUUAAGUAAACACAAAUAAAAUAUGGUUCAUGGAACAAUUAGGAAUGAAAUUUAGUUACAAAAUUGAAGUUAUCAUGAUAUUGUGUGAAUGAGUGUUUUACGGUUUUGUGAUGCCUGUCAUUGAUUCAGUUGCUGGAUGCUAGCUGUGCCAGCAAAAAUCUAAAUAAUCUAAUGUUAGCACAGUUGGACAUGGUAACAGUAGCACAGUUGGACAUGGUAACAGUAACCCAGUUGGAUAUGGUAACAGUAGCACAGUUGGAUAUGGUAACAGUAACCCAGUUGGAUAUGGUAACAGUAACCCAGUUGGAUAUGGUAACAGUAGAACAGUUGGAUAUGGUAACAGUAGCCCAGUUGGUUAUGGUAACAGUAACAGUAGCACAGUUGGAUAUGGUAACAGUAGCACAGUUGGAUAUGGUAACAGUAGGGCAGUUGGAUAUGGUAACAGUAGCACAGUUUGAUAUGGUAACAGUAGCGCAGUUGGAUAUGGUAACAAUAGCCCAGAUGGAUAUGGUAACAGUAGCACAGUUGGAUAUGGUAACAGUAGGGCAGUUGGAUAUGGUAACAGUAGCACAGUUGGAUAUGGUAACAGUAGGGCAGUUGGAUAUGGUAACAAUAGCCCAGAUGGAUAUGGUAACAGUAGCACAGUUGGAUAUGGUAACAAUAGCCCAGUUGGAUAUGGUAACAGUAGGGCAGUUGGAUAUGGUAACAGUAGCCCAGUUGGGUAUGGUAACAGUAGCACAGUUGGAUAUGGUAACAGUAGCACAGUUGGAUACUUUCCUUCUCAAAAAAUAUUGAUCAAAGUUAUGGUCAUGUCGAAAAUAUUGGUUUUCAGUGCAGAGACACAGUUUUCAGCAGUGGUACUGGGUUCCGUAAGAUUGAUAUCAGUAGAACAAAACAUAUCAGACAGUGUAUAUAGAACUCGGGAAGUAUUGUAAACAGACAAUAUGAAUCUGGUUGUGUUGUCUACAUGUAAAGAAAACAUUGUUGAUAUUUUAAUGUUUGUAGAAACAUGAUAGAAGUAAAAUUGAAGCACAUGAUCCUGUAGUUACUCCACAACAUGCAACUUUCACUUAUUUUGUAGUUUGAAUUUGAAUGGUUUAAGUUUGUUUAGUCUUGAAAAAUAUGAGUUCUGAUGGCAUGUAAUCUAUUAUAAUAUGUCUUAUAAUGAGGAAAGUAUCAAAAUGUUUUAUGGUAUACAGAAUACAUGUAUGUCAAAGGUUUGCAAUCAAAAGUCUAUAUUUUAUUCUAAGAAUAUUUCUAUGCAUAAGUGUCAUAGAAUGGAUAUCAGUUGUAGGUAUGUGGGUUGUUUUGUGCGACACUUUGCUUUAUAAAGAUAGAUAAUAGAGGGGGAUUUAGUUAUUGUCUACUCCACUGUCAGCAGUAAGUGGGGAUUUAUUUGUAGGAACAUAAAGUUUUGCCUCUAAUGUUGGUUGAGGCUUUAUCAGGACUAAAAGGUCAACUUAUUUGUUGAGGCUUCAGUAUGUUGUGAUGAAAUGCCCCCUCUUUGUAUGGUUACAUUACAGAGAGGGAUGAUGGGAUUGCCACAGAGAGAAAUGAUUCGCAAAAAUAUACUGAAAUGUUUUAUAUUCCAAUUUAUUUUGUUGAUACAUCGUUACAAAAGGUUGAUCCUUUUAUUUUUUCUUACAGUAUAUUUUAUAUACUGUGAUUUACUCCUUGUGUAAAGGGACAUUCAUAGUAAGUUGUAUACAACCUACAUUUACUUCCAUUAGCAAUAUAGUUAAUAUUACACUUUCUUUUGUCUAGUCCAAGUAUUCAAAGUAGAAAAUUCAACAUUUGAUUUCCAGCAUGACCAAUCGAAAAUGAAAAGUAUCUUUCUUUUCUAUGUGUGUAUAAAAAUAGAUGCUCUUAAAAAUAGCACAACUGUUUACAGAAGCAAAAUUUAACUUCGCCUUUUGGUCCAGCCCUCCUAUAGGGACUUCCAUAAAAAAAAUCCUUAUACCUGUGUGUUUAAAGAUGAUAUUUAUCUAUUUAUUAUAAAGUGAGAGAAAAACAAUCUUAGUUUGAAUGAAAGUCCUUUUGAAAAGGUUGUACCUCUAAAAUGUAUAUUGUUUUCCGUUUUAUAUGGAAUGUUGACAUUCACAAGACUGAGUGUUUACUUUACAGGAAUUGUUAUUAUAAAAAAGGUCGCAGAAAUGUUUUGUACAGGUCUAAAAUCAUGUGUGGUAUUUUCCAAUUUUUACCUGCAUGAACAUUAAUGUAUUUUUUAAACUGGGAUGGGGUAUUAAUGUGAAUGAGUCAGUUAUUUCCUAUUAUGGAAAUUAUUGAGGAUUCUAUUUUUCAUGAUGUAACAAGAAUGAUCAUUACUGAACUAAUUUAAAAUUUGCUACUAUAAUACCGCCAUAUACUAUUGCAACUUACUGUCCAAAUUAGUUUACUGGCUCCUCUCUGCCUUGCUAAUAAAACUCUACAUUUGUGUAAAUCUGGAGGUCAUUCCUUAUUUCAUGUUGUUCUGUGCUGAAUUUAUCCUGGCACAGGGCAGGUUGGUGCUGAAAUACCCCCAGAGUUGAGGAGGAGGGGUAUCAGAAAUCAAACUUUAAGGGUUAGUAGCAAGAUGUAUUUUGAUUAACCCUUUCACCACUGUAGACCAUAAUGGACUCAACCAGAUCAAUGCAUGGUAGAGUUUACUAAAUUUACAUAGGGGUGAAAUGGUUAGGGAUUUAUUUAGAGAUAUUUGAACAAUGUACCUGUGUCUUAUAUAUUGUAGGUCCUUCCCCAGUUCAAAUCCUUAUAAAUAAGUUGUGUGAAGCUUAGUCACACAAAAUGAGUAUUCAUUAAAUCAGUACACUUAAGUUAUUCCGCACAGUAAAAUCUGCCGAAGUACGUUAACCCACAUCUAUUUAGCAGAAUACUUUUAAAACUCACUGUUGCAGUUAUUUUCAUGUUAACUAAACUGGAACUGGAAAGAGAUCACCUGCUUAAAUGACCACUUCAAUACAGGCUGGACAAUCUUAUUAAAGUCCGACCUCACAAGACCGCUUGCUUGGUUACCUGCACAACACAUGUAUAGGUAACAAAGCCCAGAGUUCUGAUUUUAAUUAGAUUGCAGGUUGGGUUCUAUUUGUUAGAUAUAAGUUCAUAUAUACAACGUUGUAUCAUAAAUUUGUGAUGAACGUUUAUAAUUAUACUGCAGAAUUCAAUUUUAUAUUUUAUAAAUGGUACUUCUAAUGUCAACAGAAAAUUAGAAUAAUGUUAAAAUAUAUUUAUAAUCAUUAAGGACGACUCUGGUUCUACAGCUACCAAAGAUUCCAGCUUUGACCAAAUCAUGUUUUGUCUCCGCUUCAAUUGACAUGCAAUCGUGUUUUUCGACAUUUUAUGGAUGAUUUCAUCUUCAUAACUGAAACAAAUAUAUGUACACUUUUAUCAGCUAUGUUAAAAAUAAUAUAAAACAAUUGCAUUCUAAAUAAGUUCAUUGAAUAAAAACAACUAAAUCAUGAACUUCUGAAUUAUAACAAAAAAAAAUCCGUUUGACGCUGAUUAUAUUCACGGUAUUGGGUUAGACCUUAAUACUCUAUUAGUUGUAUGUACAUUACUUCGAAAUCACUGUAUUUUCUUGCAUAUAUAUAGAUAUAUAAAUAUAUUGUGAUAUAUUUACGUAUAUAUUCUAUUUGUAUAUUAAGCUAUUUGUAAUAAACUGUUGUUUCCUUCAGGUAUGGUUUUGUUUCUUUCUGGGGCUUGAUUGGCUUCCAAAACUCAGAAACACAAGGAAAACUGAGGUCAAAAGUGUGGACGAACGUUAAAGGAGUUUGAAAAUAUCAAUGUCAAAACGCGGAAUGGAAUACGGAAGCAUACAAGGUUUGAGAAUUAAAAGUCAGGUUGAAGGAUAAAGAACAACGAAUUCAAUAGAAAAGACUGGUUCAAAGUUCAGGUGGAAUGAUCAGUUGACGAAAAUUGGUUAAAUCAUCAAUUUCAUAAUUUUUAUGUUUAGGAACAUGACCCACAUUUACUGUUUUUGUUUGUCAGUAAUUAGGAACAAACACAUGCUGAAGUGGUUGUAGAUAAGAGGUCAAUGGGUCGGGGCGUAUUUUUCUCUUAAAUCAUGUAAUUGAAUGACUCUUUGCUACAAUUCGUCACGAUUUUUACGACAGUUCUAUUUUGAUAUUUUUUCAUUGUAACAUUAUAUAACAUCAGUUGAUCCCGGAUAUCUAAGUUGGAGAGGGACUUGGUGAUAAUUGAACAUUUCCGACGACGCUUUCAAAAAUCUAUUGAAAAUAAUUCCGGGAAUGGACAAUUUGUUGCUACCAUCGUGUUUGGAUUUGCAUCUGAAAUAUUUGUUCAGGACUGUUUAGCGUUCAGCUCUUCAUGUACAGUUGAAUUUCGUUUAGCCUCAAUUAUUUCCAGCGUAAACGGUAAAAUUACUGACAAUUUGAGCAACAAACACCUUUCCCAAUAUUAUAUCUGGGUACUGUGUCAUCCCGAUUAGUGGCGACUGAAAUAACCAGGUUCGACAUUAAGCGUAUUUUAUAACAACAGUAUAGGCUGUUCCUUUGUUUUGGUUUAAUAUCUUAGAUAAACAUAUUGUUUACUAAGAAUAAAACCAUUAAAGUUGUUUAAAAUGUUGACGCAGUAACUUGUAUUAACGCACACUCAUGAUGGCGAUGUGCAAAUAUGUUUUUUCCCUAAAAAUGUUAGUCAAGAUGGUAAGACUUACUUCAGAUUUGUGGUUAAAUUUUAGCAGUGAGGUAUAUGUGUCUGGUGAGAAGUGUGACUCUAAGAUUUCAGUUUUCUUUCGUAAUACACUUGAUAGUUUUGAUAGACUUCAACACAUAAUACAGUUAACUCGAAUUAAAAUGAGUCACGAAAAACUUAAAAUGUCAACACACAUUUAUUAAUAUUAUUUAGCCUAAAUAAAAAAAAC